GAACAAAAGUAGCUGCAGAAGCAGUGGCAGCAGCAGCAGCAGCAGCAGCAGCGGCAGCAGCAGCAGCUCCACGUGGUCUGUGAGCAGAGUUGAAGCAGAGCUCAGUGACAGCCUCCCACAGCUGCAGGCAACAACAUGUCUCUGUACCGCAACUUCGCCUGGUUCCUGAAGGGAAUGACUGAGUUCACCAGGAGUGCCUACCUGUCCACCUCCAAAGCCUUUGUGGAGAAGGACCUGGAGGUGACCAUGGCUGGACGCUCCUUCAUGAUAACAGGAGCCAACAGUGGCAUCGGGAAAGCCACCGCCACGGCCAUCGCCAAGAGAGGAGGAACCGUCCACAUGGUGUGCAGGAACAAGGACAAGGCGGAGGAGGCCAGGGCCGACAUUGUGAAGGAGACGGGAAAUAAAGAAGUCUUUGUCCACAUCCUGGACCUGUCGGAGACCAAGAAGGUCUGGGAGUUCGCCGAGGGCUUCAAGAAGAAGUACAAGACCCUGAAUGUGCUGAUUAAUAAUGCAGGAGCCAUAAUGAGCCAGAGGGAGGUGAACACCGAGGGGCUGGAGAAGAGCUUCGCCACUAAUGUCCUAGGAGCUUACAUUCUAACCAAGAGUCUCAUUCCUUUACUGGAGAAAAGUCCAGGUCCCAGAGUGAUCACCGUGUCAUCAGGAGGCAUGCUGGUGCAGAAGCUCAGGACAGGAAACCUGCAGUCUGACAGGGGGCGCUAUGAUGGCACCAUGGUCUACGCCCAGCACAAAAGGCAGCAGGUGGUGAUGACAGAGCAGCUGGCAAAGACUCACACAAACAUUCACUUCUCUGUCAUGCAUCCUGGCUGGGUGGACACUCCAGCGGUGGCCAACGCCAUGCCAGACUUCCAUCGCUCCAUGAAGGAAAGUCUCCGGACCCCUGAUCAGGGGGCCGACACCGUGGUGUGGCUGGCUGUGUCUGAGGCCUCCAUCACUAACCCCAGUGGAUCCUUCUACCAGGACCGGAGGAGGGUGCCCGCCCACCUGCCCCUGGCAUGGACCCACAGCUCCCCACUGGAGGAGCAAGAGUUAAUGACCCUGCUGGACGACCUGGCCAAGUCACUCCAGCCUCACUGAGGACGGUGGGACUCAGCAGCAGCACCGACACUAACACCGCCGCACGCUUUUAAAACAUUCAUACAAGACAUGUUUUGAUUUUAUGAGCUCAGCUUUGCAGGGACCAAUGGCAGCACUGCGGCCUAAACCUCUGUGCCUGCGAUGCUUGUCACGGCGGUCGCACCACUGUUCGCAGUCAACACGGACUCUUUAGUGUGACUUUAUAAAAGUUGUCACUCAGAUGGGAAUCUGACGUGACCAAGGUCACCCACGGAGACCAGCUUGGGGCUCAGUCUUAAUGUUUGUCUGCAGUAUUAACGCGACGUGACCGCACGCUUCUACAUGUGUGUAGCCUUAGUCAGUAACUCGUGUCUGCGACCUGUCCGAGUCAUCUCUGCCCGUUCUGCUCCACGCCCAGGACAUUACUGAGGCACUACGUGUACAUUCUUGAAUUCCUGUGCCUUUGGUGUGUCAUACUGCAGCAGCAGCAGCAGCAACGACACGUGCAAUAAAAGUGUGUACUGAUCUGCCGAGCACCUUUAAAAAUAUCUCUGUCUAACGGACUGUGACGUUGCUGUGGGUUUGUUAUUUGUCUGCUUGAAUAUCAAUAAAAACAUGACUAACAUCA